AUGUCUUCCCUGCAGUACCACAACGACCGAGGCGCCGGCCAGCAGCUCAGCGACAUCUGCCACUAUUCUCAAGCCGUCGUCCUCGGCGACACCGUCAAGUGCUCCGGUCAGGGCGGGUGGACGAUCGGCGGCGAGGUCGACCCUUACGACAUCCGCGGCCAGGUGAACCUCGCCUUCGACAACGUAGACCGUGUGCUCCAGGCGGCGGGCCUCAGGGGCUGGGAGGACGUCUACUCUGUCCGGCCAUACCACGUCGGGAUGGACCACUCGUACAACUACGUCGCCGCGAAGCUGAGGAAGCAGAUUCCGGGGCAUCGGCCUGUCUGGACCGCGGUGGCGGUCCCGAGGCUGGCGUUUCCUGAGAUGAGGAUUGAGUUGGAGGUGGAGGCUUGGAAUAGGAGGUCAUAA